AUGAAAGAUUUCAACUUGAGUCGCCAUUACAACACUACGCACAAAGAAAAAUAUGACAAGUACACCGGAGCUGCAAGAGCUGCUAUUGUGGCUGACCUCAAAGGAAAAAUACAACAACAGCAGAGCAUUUUUACCAAAGCGAUGGCAACACAACAAUCCUCUCUCAGGGCAUCUUAUGCCGUUUCCCUCGCGCUUGCUAAAGCAAAGAAGCCCCUGUCAGAUGGCGAAAUGGUGAAGCGAUGUGCAGUCGAGAUGGCUAAAGCUUUUGGAGAUGACAACAUGGCUAAGAACUUUGAAACAGUCUCCCUGUCCCGGCGCACAGUUACGCGGAGGAUUUUUGACAUUCAAAGUCAUGUCGAUGGAAAGUUAAAACAAGUCAUGCAUAAUUGCAAGUAUUUCUCAUUAGCAUUGGACGAGAGUACAGAUGCGACGGAUGUCAGCCAGCUUCUCGUUUACUCCAGGACCAUCGACGGUUCAUUUCAAGUGCACGAGGAGUUACUGAAAUUGGUGUCUUUGCAUGACACGACGAAGGGCAAGGACAUUUUCACCGCAGUUGAAAGUGUCAUAUGUGAGCACGGGGGCUUUGACAAGCUUUCAGCUGUCGUGACAGAUGGCGCACCAUCAAUGCAAGGACGACGUUCUGGAUUUGCGGGACUUCUUCGACAGAGCGGUGUGGAAUGUGCGAUACUACACUGUAUCAUACAUCAGGAGGCACUCUGCGCUAAGGCAAUGGACUUCAGUCACGUCAUGGAUUUAGUAACUAAAGUUACAAAUCUCAUUCGAGGAGGAAACAGGUCUCUCAAUCACAGGAAGUUUGUAGCUUUUUUGGAUGAAGUGAAUGCCGCUUAUGGGGAUUUACAGAUGCACACUGACAUAAGAUGGAUGAGCCGCGGGAAGUGCCUGGAGAGGUUUUUUGCGCUUCGCACAGAAAUCCCGGUGUUCUUGGAGGACAGUAUUAAAUGUGAUACAAGUGCUUACUGCAAUAAACUCAGAGACACAGAUUUUCUCUGUGACAUGGCCUUCCUUGUGGAUAUAACCUCGCAUCUUAAUCACCUGAAUGCACAGUUGCAGGGAAGAGACCAAACUGUGUCGGAUCUAUUUGCGCACAUGAAUGCUUUUCAGCGUAAACUAGUCCUGUUCAAAGAGGGCUUUUCAUUCAGCCACCCAAACCUGGCUCACUUUCCCGCCUGUGAAGAGAUGCGUAGAGAUGUCCCCGAAUGCAACAAAACGUUUCACAAGUAUAGAGCCGACAUUGAAACUCUGCAGGAGCAGUUCAAGAACCGUUUUCAAGAUUUCUACGCCAUGCAGCCGCAAAUUGCGUUGUUCACUGACCCCCUCUCUGCUACUGUCAGUGAGCAGCCUCCAGAGCUGCAGCUUGAACUGUGCGAGCUACAGUCAGACCCCUUCUUCCAAGCAAAAGGCAAUGAAAGAGGGAUUUUAUUUUGGAGGUUGCUACCGGAGUCCCGCUUUCCACUCCUGAGGGAUUUCGCGCUCUCAAUGGCCAGCAUGUUUGGUAGCACUUACAUUUGUGAGAGCAACUUUUCAACAAUGAAGCACAUCAAAUCAAAAGAGAGAAACAGGCUGACAGAUGAAACUCUGUUCCACCUCAUGCAGAUUGGAUGCACAAAUAUUGACAUUGACAUUCAGUCCAUUGUACAUCUGCAGGAGAGGCCACAAGUAUCUCAUUAAGACAUAACAUUAAUGCAGAAAUAAGCAUUAAAACAGAACUUUAUACGGAUCCAACUGUUAUUUGAGAUAAAAUGUUCUUGUUUGAAGUAGCUUGAACAUUGUUCCACUUGAUUUACAGUGCUAAUGUUAUUAUAUUACUGUUAUUGAAUGAUUUCUCUGAGACCCUACUGCACUGAUAUAUCACACACAACACACAAAUGUAGAGUUUUUGUGUUAAGU